GGGCAUCGCCGGGCCGGGUGGGGUUUGGGGGUGUCCCCGUGUGCACGGCGCGGUCUCGACGGCUGCCGAGCGGUGUCCCACAGGCGUGUGUGCCCGCGCGUGAGGACACACCUGACAGCCGGGCCGGGCUCCUCCUCCUCCUCCUCCUCCACCCGUGUCUCCCCCAGAGCCGGGGCGCGGCGCACGCCGGGCACAAAAGACAUUUUCCCCCGUCUCUAAUGCGGGUCAUUUUACACCCCCCCCCCCCCGUGUGCGCUCGUCUUCAAAACGGGCCAAGCUCACUCUGCGGCCGCCCCCUAGACACUCUCCCCGGACGAGGCAGGCCCGAAAAACAAGCCUUGCCUCGAAACAUUGCAACCCGGAGCCGCUUUUCCCCAUAGGAAACAAUGUUGUAAAUGGGGGAUCGGUUCCUGAACCCAGGCCUGACACCCUGUUUUCACUAAAAAUACCCCAGAAUUUUGCACUCGAUCCACUACGGAUACGUCACGUAGCUACACGCACGUAUUGCUAUCGUAAAUAGCAAUCCUAGCCAUUCGGAAGGACUUCUUUGAGGUGCCCGUGCCGGACUUUGCGAAGGGCUCCUGGCUGGAGGUUUUUUGGGGUUCGUGGGCUUUCUGAAAGAAAGCGUCGGAGGACGUUGGGACAGAUGAGCGACGAGCGAGGCGGAGAACUCGCUCGCGGGCGUGGCGUGGCGUCGGAGCGAGCGUCGUGAAGACGAAACUGAUGUCAGACAGUUGAAACGUGGUUUGUAAACGUCUCAGUGCAAAAUGUUGUAAGUCAGGGACUGCCUGUACAUGGGACGAGUCCCAGCGAGAAACGCUCCUCCGCGUUAGCGAGCCGGGACCGCAGCCUCGCCGCAGAAAUGAACGGCUUGCCUCUCCGGUGUGAUACGCCACGCUUUCAGAUUACGAUUUUUAUCAGGAUGGACUUCAAAUCUCAAUCAAGUCGGUCAUUUUUCUGGACAGGUACGUGACGCGCUCCUCAAUCCAGCAUCGGAAGUGCUAUUUAAAGAAGUAAGAGAAAGAAAUCAGGGCUUUGUCAGUGUCUGCACUAACCGUGCCCCGCAGGGACCGUCCUGCAAGAGUCGCACUUCUUGUGGGGUGGGAUUACUGCGUCUGCUUUAAAUCCCUAUCUGCUAAGCGCUAACCAGAAACUGCCGCUGUCCGUUCUUGUUGCCACCGAAGGUGACGACUUCAGGCUGGGACCAACGUGAGCUGCGUAUGAUUCAAGGUUUUAAACCAACCUUUUUGGCAAGUAUGCUGCAAGUUAGCCCUGCAUCCUCCCCCAGCUCCGCUCCAGUCUCUUCUCUUGCCCAAUCUUCUGCUCUGCUUUCUGCCUCUUGCACGACUGCUGCCUGGAUGCCCGUCCCCUCCCCAGUCUGACCGUGUCAUGGGGUGGCCACUUCUGCCUUAAAUUGCCUCAGGUGGAAUUAAAGUGAUUAUAAAUCACCAGUUUUAAAAUCAUGAUUUAAGUCAAGGGCAGGAAAUGUUAAUUUAAGUUCUCAGUUCUAAUUUUGUUUUGCUUUUGUAUUUUUUUUUUUUUAUAGUUAUUGUACCUUUUUAAAGCUGAUUCUCACUGGUUGGUAAGCAUUAAAAUACAUUGAUCUAUACAAAUGGAUAUAGGCCCACACGACAACUUGGAACUUCUUUGUUAACUGAUUGUCAGAGGAAGACGAGCUUUCCUGCUUUUUUUGUUCCCAUUUUGCAUCUCAGCUUUGAAUGAAUCAGAUCAAACUAGUUGAAUAUAUUGAAAUAAAGGAAGAUAUUAUUUCUGCACCUGCAGAGGAGGCUGUGGCUUUCAGCAGCUGUUUUUAUCAAAUUCUUGUCACUGGUGCUUAGCUAAUGACUUCUAUUAGUUCAGUAGUUUGGUUGAGUGGAUUUAAAAUCUGAGCAGCAAACGUGUUGUCCAUAUCCUGUUUUUAUUUCAUUUAAAUGCUUGCUUGACUUUAAAAAAUGUGGACAUUAAUAUAGGUAGCUGUAUUUUUAUUUAGUAGUAGAAAUGUUUUUCAAAUAAGCCAAUUUAAAUUUUAAAAAGAUAUGAUUUACACUUAAUAAAGAAGCAAAGCAUGCCUGCCUUGGUAUGAGCUUACAGAAGAAUUGGCCUGGACUCUUAUCAAGGGAUUGCUCCUGUCCCAGCUAGUAUCUACACACACAUGUCUCUUAUUUAAUCUUAAACAUAGGCCAGUGGACAGGGCAAGAGGUAUAGCAAUGAAUUCAGUCUGUCACCAUAGAGUGCCCCAUCGAUAAUUCCCAACCAAUAACACGAAUAAAGUGAAAGUGCCUCGUGUCUGGAAUACUGUGGCAUCAUGCACCCAAUUCAUGUUCCACAUGGGUUUUCUUGAACCUCCCUCCACCCUCAGGCAAGGCAUGCAGCUCAGCUGAGGCAUGCAUGUACCCUUUUGAGAAAGAUGGGCAUACUAUGAAAUGCAUUGCUGAUAGCUGAAACAGUUCAGAAAGCCCAGUCCCAUCAAGCUUGCUAUUGUUUCAAGGACAUCAGCAAUAUUUGCUACUGGCAGUAAAGGACAAUAACAACCUCCUUGCAAACCUUCAGUACCAUGGCACUAAGCAUUGACUUACCAACAUAAACAGAUUAGCCACCAAACUAUAACAGUCUGGGGUAGCCCACUUCCAGAUGGCAAUAGCAACCUGCUGGUGUGGACUCCAUCUUGCGUAUGCCUUGGUACAGAAGGGCCUUGCCAAUCAUUUCCCACAGCUCCGUGAAGGGGACUUUCCUCUUGUGGGAGUCGUAAAGCCAUUGUUGGUCCCUCCAGGUCUGCACAAGAGCGUGGACUAGAGGAGGGGAGGGACAGAAUCCAACUGGAUCUAGACAGGUUGCAGAGGUGAGCGGAUGAGAAUAGGAUGGAGUUCAGUGCAGACAAGUGCAAGGUGCUGCAUCUGGGGAGAAGGAACCAGCAACACACCUAUAGGCUGGGGAACACCCUUCUCAACAACACGGUGGCAGAAAGGGAUCUUGGAGUCAUUGUUGUCUCCAGGAUGGACACGAGCUGCCAAUGUGUGGAAAGUGGUCAGUAAGGCCAGCCGCACCUUGUCGUGCAUCCACAGAUGUAUCACAAGCAGGUCCAGGGAGGUGAUCCUUCCCCUCUAUGCGGCACUGGUCAGGCUGCUGUUGAAGUAUUGCAUCCAGUUCUGGGUGCCGCACUUCAGGAGGAAUGUGGCUUACCUUGAGAGGGUCCAGAGGAGGGCUACUUGUAUGGUCAGGGGGCAGCAGGGCAGGUCCUAUGAAGAUAGACUAAAGGGCCUGAAUCUAUUCAGCGUCCACAAGAGAAGGCUGAGAGGGGAUCUGGUGGCCAUCUAUAAAACUCACCAGGGGGGAUAGUGGAAAAUAGUUGAGGCUCUGUUCCCCCAGGCACCACUUGGGAUAACAAGGAAUAACAGCCACAAAUUGAUUGAGAGCAGGUUCAGGCUUGAUAUCAGGAGACAUUACUUUAUGGUGAGGGCUGCCAGGCUCUGGAAUGGGCUCCCAAGUGAGGUGGUGCUCCUCCUUACCUUGGGGCUCUUCAAGGAGGAGGUUGGAUAGAUAUCUGGCUGGGGUAUUGUGAUGCCAGCACUCGUUCCUGCCCAUCAUCAACUUGAUGAUCUGUUCAGGUCCCUUCCAACUCUAGAAAUUAUGCUGAUCAGCACUGGGGUUCCCACAAUGGUCUAAACCUGCAUUAUCUGUCCCUACAGUUGUAGGAGUACAUGCAGUCCAUAUAAUCUCCUUAGCAGGCCCACUACUGCUUUCCUAGUGCCACAAGCCACUAAAGCGCCCUCCACUGUGCCUCAUGCCCCAUGUCUGCCUUCACUUAGCAAAGUGUGGGUUGUCUUAACAUCAACAGCUGACAGCGUUGUUGUUCUGGGUAGGCUCCACUCCUUGUCCCUUGUCAAAGUGAAUAGAACAGGGGUUAGUUGAAUGAGUUGGCAAGCUAACACUUCUGCCUAGGGGUGCAGGAAGGAUUUCUACUGUGACACAGAAAGAGCUCGCAGAGUGAGUUAAUGCAGUGACAAGAGCCAUGUUGUAUUCCUCUCAGGUCCUGAGAGAGAGCUCGCACAGGCAGUGGCACAGGCACGGCUCUGCAAUAUGGACAUACCAUCCAGGCUAGGCUAAUGUGGGGGCUCAGCCCUAGAUGACCGUUGUCCGGGCUAACUGCAGUGAAGACACACCCUUCAAGGUUGCAAAAGGCUUGGGUCCGAUCCCCUGGCAGUCAGCUUUGCCUGUUGCCAGCCUCCUUAACUUUCCAUCUCUUUCCUGCCAUGCUUUUGAUGUGAAAAUGAUGAACUUGGGGGGCUGCCUGUAGAGGCUGGAGUAACUCCUUUGGUGCCUUCCCUGUCCUCACGGUCUCUCAAGGCACUGACCCCUCUGGCACAGUAUCUUGGGACUCCACUGCCUAGUUCCUCUGGCCCUAAACAUGGCUUUCUGGUCCUAAUCAUGCCUUACAGGCUCUAAUUGUGACCUCCAGCUUCUUCCAUAGCCAUACCUAUGCCUCAUGGGUAUUGCUCUGGUUUCAGCCACUGGGCCCCCCAACCCUGUCUUGAUCUCAGCUCAUCCAGCCCGUGGCCUUUGUAGGGCUGUUCCCCCACAUCUCCAUCCUUUGCAGGACUCAAAACAUAGAGCAUCUUCCCAAAAUAACAUUCUCUCCCCACCUCCUGCCACUGCCAUGGCCUCCAACUCCUCCUUAUAGGCACUCCUGGUCCUCUGGUCAGAGACAGAAACCAUAACACAAGCAGACAGCUUCAAACUAAAACUCAAGCCCUACUCUGGAUCACUAUCCACAGCCAACCAUAUUCCCCUCUUAGCCAUCUCCUCCCAGCUCUCUAGGGUACCUAUGGGUCUGUUGCCUACAGCCCACUUCCCCCAGGAGUGGUAGGGCUGGACUACCUCCUCCAGCCCUUGCACUGGGCUUUUCUGCUGCUUUGAUGCCACCUCUCUCCAGUCCUUUUAAACAGGCACAGGGGUUUCUACUCAGUCAACCAGCUUGUUUUUCACCAGUUUAGCUGCUGUCUGUCUGGUUGCUCUAUGAGCUCCAACUGGCUGCUUUGCUCGGGUGCUGUCUGCUGCCUAUUGCAGGGCAGUUUGCUCCUAAGUACCCCCUGUACCCUUCUGGCUCCUGUCUCUGUACUUCUCGCUGGUUACUCUGAAGAUUUUCUUCUCUGGGUACAAGUUUGAGCCUUAAAGGCCCCCCUGCUCCUCAAUCCCUUGUGGGUGGUAACAGGGCUAUGGGUCCCUGUGUAGCCUAUGGCCUGGGCCAUCCAGUCCCUCCAUGAGAGAUUAUCUCAGUACCUUGGAGACUAUUUAUUGGAUCCCACCCCCGCCCAGUUGCUCCCUGUGGAAAGUUCAGUCCUGUCCAUGUACAGUUUGGUUGUUCAGUUCCUGCUGGGGCAGGCUCUGAUGCUCUUUCUCAAUGUUUACUCAACCAAGCUGAAUUUAAGUCCGUGAGUGCAUUGCCUGGGUAGGGACUCCUAAGAUUUACCUCUGUAUAGAUAUUAUUCAAGCAGUCUACCACUACCUUUGGUGCCUGGGUUGAUGGCAGUCACAGACGGACCACACAACACUCCUGCUCUGUAACUGUCAAACUGGUUGAUGUCCUCUACCCUCAUGUUAUCUGGGCACGGGUUCUCCAUAACCCUGUUGGGCCUCCUUGAGAUAAGGGACUGUGGGUUUUUUAGCCUUUCCAUCCAAUUACUACAUUUUAGCCCCUCCUUCUUUCCAGACCUUCCUCAGUGGCUACAGGUAGUGACAAGUACCCUGGUUGUGUUAACAGAAGCCUUCCACCAAAGCCAUCAUUGCUGUAUGAAUGGGGCAGCAUUAGGCCAUCUGCUCACACACGUGUGCAUGUGUAGAUGCAUGGACCAUUUAGGAGGUGCUUCACCUGUAAACCUGAUGUUGCCUUGGAGAAAAAAAUGUUGCAGUGUUUUUGCAUAAUCCAGCACUUAAUGUUGCCUCUGGGGAGGCAAGCAACUCCCACUUCCCCCACCCACACACAGACUUGUCAGUUAGCAACCACUGUUUGCCGAGUUAAAUAUGAAAGCCCCUGAGCUUGCUUAUUCUAGGCAAAUGGACAGGAAAAUGUAUGGGGGAGGUGGAAUGGGGGAAGAAAAAGUGUCCUCACUUUGUUUCCAGAUGAAAUGCAAAUUUCAGUACUGAGAUUUUUUCACAGCGUUGUAGAGAGUUUAGGCAUAUUUAUUAAAGGGAAUGCAAAAUGCCUCGACAUCCUUGGGUUGCCUUGAAAAUCUCAUACUUUAUGCUCUUCCACCCCCAACAUUAUUCUAGUAUCAAAGCUUCACGUCUCCAGAGACUCAUGUACACAUGUCACUCAUUGAAACUUCUGGUUCAAUAUAAUACAUGGAAGAAACCCAGUCUCCUCUCUGGGGAUGCAUUUGGAAGCCUGGAGUUCUUUCUCUGAACGUGUCCUCUCCCACCCGCUCCUACCAGUCUGGACAAAACAACGUGGCCACCGGGGGAGGAAUACAGUUCAGUGGCCGCGUCUACACGAGACGCUGACUGCCCAGUGGCUCGUUACUACUGCGCGGUAGUGUUGUGUGGCAGGAAGCGUGGUGCAAUGCUACUGUGUAGCAGUGACAAACUACUGUGUAGUCAGCAUCACCUAAAAGCCAUUCGGCGAUGCUUAUGUGCAGUAACUCCAGCUAUGCGCAGUCAUUUGUACAAGUACUAAAUGACUGCAUAGUAACGACUGCGCAGUCAGCAUCUCGUGUAGACACGGCCAGCCUGUGUUAGCUUUGCUGUAAGGAGAGGUAGGGGAGCAGUGUUUGGUGACUGUAUAAGGGGAAAUUACGCAAGGACACUGAAUGAGGCAUUUCAUUUGGAUUGUUAUAGCUAGUGUAUGCUGCUUGCCAGACCUUAAUAAUGCUCCUCUGCACAGCAGCAUUAGCCCAUGGCAUUUGGGAAGCUAUAGAAUAGUAGAGCUGAAAAAAGAACCGAUUCACAACACAGAUAGUCUGCAGAGUGCUCUCACUAGACCCGUGUAAAAACACUCCUUUGAAAAUGUCAUCCAGAAACAGCUCGAUGAUACUUUGGAAAGCUCCUUCUCAAACCUUUUGGCGGAAAUCUGGCUUGCAGACUGUUAGGAGCAAGCGUUUGGAUCUAUCCUGAAAAGGGAGAGAGAGAGAGACCCAGUUUAGUGGGCUGAGAGCCAGGACGUCCUGAGCCCAGCCCUGCACUGUCCCUGCUUCGCUGUGUAGCCUUGAGCCAGCGCGUAAUCACUCUGUCUACGUGUGUGGACACACAUAACUGUUGAGCCCGUCCCAGGUGUCACUGUUUGGGAAUGGUUUGCAAUUGGGUGUCAAGUGCUGUGUUUCCGACACUAGGGGAUAACAGUGGAUAAAUGUGGGGGAGGAGUGUUUGACCCCAUGCUUUGGAGGUCUGGGGUGGAGGGGGUGACCUGUCACUUUUCUGCUUUCCCUUCUCUCCUAAACAUGAGUUCAGUAAUCUCCAGGAGCCUCAAAUGACCGAAGUCUGUAGUGUGUUUGCUUGACUUGAGUGGGGGCAGUGCUUGGACCCAUGCUUUUGGGCUCCCAGGGGCUGGAGGAGGGGGAACGUGAUAAGGGGACACAGUCAGGGAGGGAGUGAGGACAUGGCUGGUUCUUCGAAAGCUUUUACUGAACAAGUAGUGCAAUAGAGCUCUUUGCUAAAAAAUGCCAACAAAAGGAAAAAGAGUGGUGUUAGCAUCCUGGCUACAUGCCCACUUGGCCAACUGCAGCAGUGGGAGGGUGGAGGUGAGGAGUGAUGCAGUGUGGGAUGCCUGGAGGACCAAGCAGACCUGUGUCUUCGAACAGUUGGUAUCCACCUGUAACAGAACUAGUUCAUGGGGAACCAGUUCAAACAGUACUUGAUUUUUCCAAUGACACUUCUGAAACAUUCCAGGUAAAUUAAACCAGUUAACAGGAUUAUAUGUCUGUCUGCUUCAGGUUUAAACUGCUCCAAGUGUUAUGUGUGUCCAUGCCCUGAGUGUCCCCAGUGAUGAUGAGUUCCUCCGUUGGGCUGGUUAGACCACUGCCCUCUGCUCCUUGACAUCCCGUGUACGGCUAUAGGAACCUGCCAUUGGAAGGGGUCUCACGAGUCAUCUAGUCCAACCCUCGGCACAAAUGCAGAAUCCACCUCUGCUGUGGUGCCCCGGGGCACUGCCAGUUGCAGAUGGCCUAACAGAGGGGCCCUUGGCACCGCUAAGUCUCUCUCGUGUUAGGAAGACAGUAAAAGCAUUAGCGACUUGGAGCAUUGUCAUGGUAUUGUCAGAGCUAGCAGAUGCAAUCGUGCUCUUACCUUCUUCCCUCUGUGUUUGGCACAUUUGUUUGCUUGUUGCCUGUUGUCUAAGGUAAAGCUGUGAAUCAUUCAGGGCGUAUGCUAUAUGUUAAUGCCGUGUCUAGGACAGCGGGUCCCUGUUGUGCUUGCAUCUCUGAGAGCUACUUCAGCACACACGAGAUCUACUGCUGGGAGACGGCUGGGACCCCUCGCUAGGCUGAAUGCGUGCAGCUGUUAUGUACAACACCAUAAAACAAUGACACUGGACAAUUGAUGCUAUUAGUGUCCAUUGUUCACCUUGUUUCCUCACCUCUGUUCUGUCUGAACAAGUCACAAAAAGACUGUGGCCAAACAGGACAGAUUUCUAACACAGCAGGGCUUUAGCCCCCUGGACUCUGGCCUCUCGUGGGCAGAAGAAUUUCUUCUCUUUUUUUUUUCCAAAACCAAAGUCAAGCCCUUCAAGCUGACAGGAAAACUUCCAGUGACUUAAGUGGUGCAGGAGCCAGCCCCGAGUCGCUGCGUUUCACGUUAUGCGACUAAAGCUGUCGCAAGGAGCCUGAUUGGCAGCUGCUGGCUGCACAGCAGCAGAGAAAUCUGCUGCUAAAAAUCCCCCGGCCGCGCGGUCCCACUGCAGAGCCUCUGCAGGGUUCUGGCUGCUGUCACAUGGAGACGAAUAACAAAUCGCUUGGCUAAUAAACUGCUCCCCCCUCCACUGUCUCUGAAGCCCUGACUGUUCCUCUCCUCCUCACCCCACCCUGCUGGGAGUUAUUAGAUUCCUGCCUGCCCCCGGGCUCCCAUGUGGAAAGCCGUCAGCAUUGAUACUAGACGUGAAAAUUGUCGUGCUCCACCUACACUUUGAGAUGUCUCGGUGGGUGACUGAAGGGGCUGAUGCUGUACAUUGUUACUUGAAGCAGAGCUGCCAAAACUCAUCCCCUCCAGGGGCCACCUUGGCAGGAAUCGGAGUACUGAAGACCACCCCCCACCGAAACCUUCAAAGAAAAAUGAGGUUCAGAAUGCGUUGCAUCUGUUGGAUGCUGUGACUAAGAUGACUUCAUAAAGCAGAGCAUCCCUGAUUGCUGCCUGAUCCAUGGCUCAUAAUUUCAGGAGCUGAUAGGUAGAAAACCCACAUUAAAAGAUGCCCAGUGAGACGCUUCAAAGCAGCAGCGAGAUGGAGGAAGCCGUGCAGAGAGAGAAGGGUGGAACACACAGCCCUCACCGAGGCUCCCUGCGGAGAGCCGUGGCUACCGCAGUCACCUUUGAUGGAGAGGCCACCAUGGACAGAAGGAAAAAGAAGAAGAAGGAGCCCCGCCCAGAGUCCAUAAUAGUUUAUCGCUCAGAGAACGAAAAUAAAGUGGAAGAAGAGCAGGCAGAUGAAGAAGGAGGCGAGAGGAGUUCAGAGGAGGGCUCCAAGUUCUUAGGAAAUCCCAUGGCAGAUGGUGUCUGGAGCAUGCCCUUAGACAGCCGAUAUGUCACCUUAACUGGAACCAUCACAAGAGGGAAAAAGAAGGGCCAAAUGGUGGACAUCCAUGUCACACUAACAGACAAAGAGCUGCAGGAACUGGCUAAGUCGAAGGAACCUCCCAAAGAUGAAACCCCUGAGGGGAAAAAGACUUGCAAUGUUGCGGUGGACAGAGGCCCCCAUGUCCUCCUUUGGAGCAUCGUCUGCUUUCCCGUCAUCUUUGUAGUGUCCUUUGUGAUUUCAUUUUACUAUGGGACCAUCACUUGGUACAACAUCUUCCUGGUAUACAAUGAAGAGAGGACCUUCUGGCACAAGAUCACCUUCUGCCCCUUUCUGAUCAUCUUCUACCCAAUUAUCAUCAUGGCUGUAUCAUUUUCCCUAGGCCUAUACACCGCGGUGACACAGAUUGCCUGGUCCUUUGGGGACUGGUGGCAUGCUGUGAGAGAUAUGGAGAAAGGGUUUUGUGGCUGGCUGUGUAGCAAACUGGGCCUUGAAGACUGCUCCCCAUACAGCAUAGUUGAGCUGCUAGAUUCUGACAAUAUCUCAGGUAGCCUCUCUGGCAAGGGCUCUGCGCAGGGUGUUGAGACCUCAGCAGUCUGAGCCUUUGGUCGUGGCUGACUCUCUGACUUGGUUGUUCAAGUGUAUUGCGACUGGUCCCCCAGGCAAAUAAUUACACUGACUUGUUGUAUUUUAACAAACACUUAAAGGAUAAUAUUUGGGUGAUGGGUGGGGAGGGUGGGUGUCUUACAUGUGCACAGAGCGCCCAUGCGCUGGAUGAGAAUGGCAUUUGCUGUGAGAUAAAUGUGCAUGGUGAUGCCCUAAGGCUGCUGAUUUGUUUAGUGUUAGGUUUUAGCUUUGCGUAGCUGGGAGAAGUUCCAGGUCUGUUGGGUAGGAGUGGGAGCUUGGAUGUAUGUGGCUGAAGUGUGCCAAAAAUUCCCAGCUUUACAAAAUGCUAUUUUUGAACUGGUAGGAUGAAACGUCCAGGUGAAGAUAGACCUAGCUAAAAAAGUCUAAACUUGGGUCAGUGCUGGUGCCCAACUCCUGCUGAAGUCUGCGAGGACUGUGCUCGUAUGAUCUAGGGGCUAAAUUACAAAGUGUGUGACUUCACAGAAGUUUUCUUAGAAACAGAUACUCUGGGAAAAGUAUUUCAGUAGUUCAGGCAAACGUAGCAAAGCUGCCAUCUGUUUGGGAUGUAAGCAGAAGUCCAAGCUGUGCCAGAAGUUUCCCUCUUACUUAAUCCUCCUAUUGCAACCUCAGAAAGAAACUUCUUGCCUGAGCAAAGAUCAGCAGCUUAUACUUGUGAAUGCAGCGUAUGGGUCGUGUGGGCACAUAUACUGGUAUUUCCAGUUGCACAGUUGACAACGCCUGGGGGAGAGCAAGUCUUGCUAUAAUGGUACGAGGCAGGAGAGUGGUCUUGCUGCCCUCAUCAGACAGUGAAUCUCCCCCUAGGGAACAGAUAGUCCUGAGUCUGUGUCUUUCAGUGCUAGUGCAAAAUGCAUUAGUAUCUUAGCUCAGGAACUCCCUCCUGAUUUCCUGGCUCCAUAGAGUUAAUUAUAGUCAACAGGGAUGGAUUUCAGCCAUCAUUUAAUUUCUACCACAUAUCCUUACAUUUCAGUGUCAUAAUGGUUUUUCCUUCUGCGGAGAUCCUUCUUGGCACAGAGUGGACUCUGAAACUGAGACUGAGGUUGUCAUCACAUCCUGGAAGAACUUAAGAAUGCUGACACAGGAAUUCCUCUCUGACUGUCAGGUUUUGGACUGGGAAGCCAACACGAGGAGAGCAGGCAGGAAGAGGUUUGAUGGAGUAUGUUGGGUUGACUUUCAGGGGGCCUGAAAAGGGAUUCAUUUUUCCAGCUCUCUGCACCUGUGAACCUUGUGAGUAAAGAAGGUGAGUAAAGCGUCCUGGAGUAAAGAGUCCGGUGCUUCAUCAUCCCCAAAGCAUGCACAUCAAAGGCUGCAGCACAGCAAGCAUCCUUCUCAGUGCCCCGUUCCUAACCAGGAAGGGCCUAUCAGUCACAUGCAUGUGGACCGGUGAGACAGAGCCAGAGCACAGUCCAUUUGACAUUGUGGCCUUUCUGGGCACACGCACUUUGCCUCUCCCCCGUGCUGCAGGCUAGAUUAUCUGUUCCAGUGUUCAGGCUGCCAAAAGCAUGGUAAUAAUACAGUAUGUUAAGUUGGGACCUGGGAUUUUCCCAGUGUAGGAACCUUAUUUAAAAACUAUGUGUGUGUGUGUGCGCGCGCACACACGUUUGGACUGUCUCCUCCACCUGCAGUUUGCUGGUUAGCACUGGUGAUGGGGUGGAUAGAUUGAAGGAAGCAUCUUGUUUGGGAUACAGCUGCACUGACAGCUCAGCACUCACUCUAGCCUUACCUUUGUCCAGAGUCUGGUGUGCAGAGGGGUGAACAAAAGGCAGGCCAUUGGCUGCUGGGCACCCAGUGAAGCCAGAUCUUUGCCAGAGAAAGAGAUGACAAAAUCCUUGGGGCAAGGAGAUGAAAGGCUUUCCCCAGGCAGAACUCCUCAGCCUCCAUGAACAGCUUUCUCUGUGGGAAAACAUCUUUGCCACUUCUCCCUUCAGACUAAGUAGCUUUUCACUCCUGAAGCUGUUAAAGGCAACCUCUGUAGUUGUACCAAACGGUGGGAUUUUGACUUGAGCUUGUGUCUUGCGGGGUGAGGGGAGUAAGGAAAAAUGCAGCUGACUCCUUGGACUUCCUGUACAAAAAGUCACCGUUGUCUAAACCGUUCAGGAUGCACAUCGGGGUUUGUCUGCACGGUGCCAUGUAGAGAUGAUAGCGUUAGCUCUGAGCACAGCAGUGGUAACUAGCUUGGGCAGAGUACCAUGGUAGUGUAGCUCCUGAUUCCCAGGUUAGCUCAUUCAGAGCUUGCUCAGCUGUCAUGGAAAGGUAUAGCAUUGCCAUGUCUUUACCUGACACCAAGAAAGCCAUUAAACAUUUGGGAAGGUAAGCUUUAGAUGUCUGUGUUGCUGGUUUGCUUUGUUUUUAAAUCUCGGUGGAAAGUUCUGCUAUGGAAUGGAUGCCUCACAAAUGUGAAGUACUUUUGCCUUCUCAACAGGGAAAGAAACUCUGAACUAAAGACCAUCUGAAGAAGCACAUCUCCUUCCAGUGUGUUGCUUUUUGGCUUUAGCCUUUUGGCCAAGGCUCUCAAAACACUUGGGAUCCUUAUUUGCUGAAUCCUUGCAUCACUGCUCACAAGUGGUAGAAAUAUGCCUGUUUCAUAGGAUGUGUCUACACAUUCAUUCAUGCACCAUAAUUACGGCACAUUAAGUUUAGUAGCUGUAAUAACAGGUGCUAACUUAAUGCACCAUAAAUUGGUGCUACUGUGCAUUAGUGCAGAUCUUUUUAGGUAACACUUAAUGCCCAUUGCACUAAAAGUACUGCACAUUAGUGCAGAUAAACACUUUUUGUGUGACACUUAAUGCUCAUUGGACUAAUCUACUGCACAUUAGCACGGUUUUUGUCAGCUGUGCCCAUGCAUGGGAGAAAUAGUCCAAUGGGCAUUAAGCAUCUCGUGUAGACACUCUCAUAGAUGGGGAAACUAGUACACAGCAAACGAGCAACUUGCUAGAGAUUACUGAAUGAAACACAAGUCUGGCUGCUUGAGCAUUGCCUAAUGCCCCAGUCUUAUUUUCACCUGGUGCUGAAAGGCAGUGAAUCAUCUCUUGGCAGGGGGAAUAACAUUUUGAGCUGAUAGCAGAUAAAUUGCUGUGAGUGGCAAAGAAAACAAGACUCGUAGCACUGAGGAUAGAUCAAGCAAGUGUGGAGCCUUCUGCAAAGCUGUUCUUUUGCAGUCCUGCUCUUAGGGACCCGACCUGAUGCCCUCUCUCCUCCUCCUCCUCCUUCAGUAGGAAACACAGGUUGUGAGGGGCUUCAGUUUGGCUGCCUGUGAACCGAUCCAAGGUUCUGAACCGCUCGAAAAUCCUGCAUUUGGAAAUGGCAGGUGCCCACGUGGCUGGGGAGGAGGAAGAGCUUAAAUUUGAUGAGGUGGGAGGAAGUCAGGCAUCCAAAGGCAUGCCACUCGCCACUACCACACACACGCGCUCUUCUGCCUUGUGGGUCGCUGCCAGCUGCUUUGCAAACAGAGCGGUAUCGUUGCCUCGUUUACCUUGGGUCUGAUGCAUAUAGUUUGCAGUAAGUGUGGUGUAGAGGGAAGGAGGGCAAGUGAGGAUCUUUGUUGAGAGGGAAGGGAGGAGUUCGGCCACUGUUAAAACCAAAACGUAGAUGCUUAAAGGGACUGGGUCUGUGGCACAAAGGGCCCACUAGCCCCCAGAGAACUUGGAUAGACACUCUUUACAGAAUACAGCUUUGUAAAACGUCCAGUCUCCGCUCUGCUGUUGGUUUCACCACGAACAUUGCAAGCAGCGUGCUGGAGUGGAGCGAUCACAGCCAAAUCUGUGCCUCUUACUGCCACAUAACUCUUGAAAGAGGCAGAGAAAUUCAACCCUCAGGUGCAGCAGCUGCACUGCUGGGCAUCCUGGAAUCAUUUUUAUGGGUCAUCUUCAUAUGAACAAUCAUGAAUUUUCUAUUUCUCUACCAAUACUAGGCCUGCUCCCUCUCCUGUUGUCAUGAAUCGGUGCUCCGUCACUCCGUGUGAGCAAGCUCAGGCUCUGAGUAAUUCUGGUGCUAUUUGAAUAGCUUUAUUCCUGUCUUUUGAAAACCAAAACUCUGAAUAGUAUUCUCCCCACCCCAAAAUAACUUGCUUGAUGCUGCAAAAUAUCAAUAAGCUUAAUCAUGUGAUAUAAUAAGAAAAAGCACAACUCCUUGCCUCCUUCUGCUCCUUGCUGCAUGUACAAGUUUACGUGCGUUUUUUCCCACAUGCCAUUGUCUAAUUGCAGGGGCGCUCCUGUAAUUCCAAUGGUGGGACGCGGAUCUGACUGCUCCUGCUCGGAUGUAGUUUUCAGUGUAAAGCUACCGUGUCUCUGCUGAUUUGACUGCCUGUCCUUUCUCCUAUCCUUGCUGGCCUGGAUGGAGAUUACUGAUGAUUCUGGCUUUGAAAGAUGGUUGCUUUUAUCCUCUUGCUUGACUCUAUUAAAAAACCACAUGAUGCUACGGAUGCUGUUGUUUUUUUUGUGCCAAUGAAUGGUUAUAAAUUGUCUCUGUCUAGAGGCCCAAUGUAUUCUGUAUCUGAAAAUAUUUAAACAUCCUCUGACUGGCUGUUGUCUGUAUAGAACUGCAAUAUGCUUUGGGCACUGUUUUUGCUUCAACCUUUGCUUCUUUGUUACACAAAUAAUCACUCUGAUUUGAUUUGUACUUGUUGGGUAUCUACUUGGCUCCAAGCCCAGAGAACUCCUAGGGGGGCUGGCGCUGCCUACCAAAAUAGGAAGAACUGUUACAAACAAACACAAUAUUGGUAGGGUGAUGAUUAGCUGCUAUUUAGAGUUGUGCUAGGAAGCGUUUCUACAACUCCAACAAUUUGCUUCAACAACAUGCAUCUGCCUGAAUCAGUUGCAAGGGGACUCUCUGAAUUUAGUUUUCCUUUUAAUGGGUAGAAACAUCAAAUAAAAUGCAGCCCAUGCAGAGUUAUGCAAGAGCAGUACAGUAGCAGUACUACUGUACCUGGAAUGAGAGGAAUCACUAUUAAUAGACCUUUUUCUCUGCUCCCAAGCAACAGAGGCAUCUCCUUGGAAAAUCUGACUCCGCUCCCCCAUACCAACUACCCAGUGAAGGGUAGAGUACAGCAGUGGUAUUUGAUUCACCAGAAUAGUCAUAGAGUGGAGAUCUGACACUAUUCAAAUAGAUUCAGGUGACUUCAAACUGGUGCAGCCUCCCUGAAUACUUCUGCAAGCGCCAACAGUGUCCUGGCAUGAGGCGCAUAGUGCCAUACUGCUAGACAGGAUGGGAUUGCAUUGCCUGGGGGGACAGACAACCUGGAAUUCAUCCCAUCAGCCAGUAAGGAGGUUGAAGGAGGGCUGGGGGCUUAGGACGCGGUGAGAUGGGACCAAGGUGAUCAAACUAAUGGAGCUCAUCAUUUCCAGAGGGACAGAUUUGCAGGUGAGUACUCACAUGAUGUAUGCCACCUGAGGAGGGUCAAGAUUUAGGCUGCCAAAUUUACCCUUGGUAGCCCUGCUUCUGGGCCCAGGGUUUAGUCUGCUCCUUGGUAGUGUCUGUUGCAGAAGACUUGUCUACAUGGAAGAAGGUUAAUCUGAAUUAAUUCUGGAAGUGGAUUAGUUAAAGGUCAUAAAAUUCCUGCAUAGACACUCUUAUUCCAAGUUAAAGUCGCCUUAAUUCAAUUUACCUGACAAUACUUGACUACACCUUAAAUUACCUAAAGUGCAACUUUUGUGAGUGUCUGUCUAUAGUUAAGCCCUUUAGCUCAGCUUCAGGGUUGUGAUUUUUUAAACUCUUCCUUUUUUUCUUUUAUUUCUUUCCCUAUCUCCUCUUUGGAUUUCUUCCCCUCCCCUACCAGCCUCUUGCUCUGAGCACCGCAUGGCGGAGAUACAACUCUAAUGCCAGUACCUUUCAAAUGAUAGUGGCUGGAUUAUUUGAAGUCAUUGACUUCAGCUUCUGCACCCAAGACUGACUUAACACCUUGUUAUCCUUUAGCAAGCAUUACAACAAGCCUCAGUCAAAAAUGUCACAUAGCUGUAGUAUUUUAUUACUGUUAUCUCCUGCAUUUUUCACAGUAUGAUUUUUCAGGUCCUGCAAAAGAAAACCACCUGAGAUAGGGACUGUGGGAAGGCCUUCUGGUUCCAGGAAUUGAAGAGUGUAGGUGUUCUUCAUCAGACAAAAGCAAGACAUGGCGCUGUCCUAUACUGUAAGUAAUAAAAGAUUUGGCUUCUGCAGAAGAAGGACACAAGAUGGUAUCAGAGGAAAUGGUGCAACAGCCCUGGAAAUUUGUCCUCUGUCCCCACAACAGGGACAGGAUGGAAAGUGGGGCUGUGGGUUUCCUGUGUUGCUGCAGCAGAGGAGAAAGGGCCAACACUUUGAAACAACUUAAAUCUACAUGCAGGUUACAUCCAUUAUAUCCUGAGGUCCCUUCAGAGACGGUUAAGAAAGGACUAGUUAGUGUCAUAAGGCUUUGGGGGGGGGGUUGCUUUUUUAAAUUUAUUUGCACAUAGAUUGAAAGACUCUCAAAACCCAUUUCACACGGACCACCAAACAGCUGCCAUGCAGCGCCAACCUUGGGUCCCAUCAAUAUGGGCUGCAUUUGAACAGGCAAUCGAGAAAAAUGAGGUUUAGUGCUUCUUUACUAAUCCCCCACAAGCCAUACAGUCCCAUUACCUUCUAGUCUCCUUAAUUUCUCAUCAUUAUAUUCUGGUUAAAGUCUGUCAGGAUGCAUUAAAAUAAGAGGCAGUCUGAGUUCACGAUGAUAAAAAGGACUUGUCCCCGUGUAAUAAAUGCCCUUGCUUUUAGUGAACUAAGACAUAAAAUGCCAGCUAAAAGCAGGCAGCUACAAUCUUUCUUGGUUUAGCUCUGUUGAAAUCAAUUAUGCCAGGGAUGAAUUUGACCUGAAGUACUCUUAGAAGUGCUUUUCUGAGGUACUUAACCUCUGGAAAAGUUAAAGUUUUUGCUCAGAUGUGAAUUUUCUGUUUGUAGUUCCUUUUCCCGAUCAUUUAUUUCCAGCCAGAAAUCUAGCUUCACAGGACAAUCCCGCACCGCCCCCCCCCCCCCCCCCCCCUCCGAUCUGAAUUCAGUAAUACAUUCUGUGUCUGCAAAUGGAUGAGCAGUCCCACAACAGAGCAGUGCGUUCCCUCAGGGUUUGUGUUACUGGAGGGUCCCCAUGGGUGUCUUUACUGCACAGUAGAGCUAAUUACUGUACAGUGAGCAUCUGCAUCUAUGCGAGCAGAUGCUUAUUGUGCAGUAACUGGCUCUAACCACGAGUACAUUUGUUAUCUGCAAAUGCAAGUAGCAAAUUUACUCGUGAUUAGUAACUGACCAGUAGUGCACAUGCAGACCCCCUGACCAGGAGCAAAUGUGCUGCUGGGCAGCAGGGAACAGGAGAUUGCUCCCUGCCCCUGGGGGCUGCCAGCUGCUGGGGUGCAGGAACAAUGUCCCCUUGCCCCUGCAGCAGGGAGCUCCUAGCCCCUGCUCCACGAUCAUGGCGCCAGUGUUGGGAGAUCCUUAUGUCCCAGUGCUGGCCCUGUGAUCCCAAAGCUAGCGCUGGGAGAGAAGGGUCUCCCAGCCCCGGUCCCCUGAUUAAUAAGGAUGUCCCAGCCUGGGUCUUGCAACUGGAGGAUUCAGGCUGAAAGAUGAGGAUCUUCCAGCCCCUGUUCCCAGAUUGCAGAGCAGGGCCUGGGAGCUUCCUGUUGGUGGGGGCUGGGGAGCCUGUUCCCUGCCCAGCUCCAUGAUGGCAGAGGGCAGGGAACAAGCUCUCUAGCCCCUGCCCCAUGGUAGUAGAGCAGGGGCGGGGAACUGUCCUGGUCAGGCGCAGGUCCCAACCCCAUGCCCCAAUCAAGCAAUUGAGGCGCAGGGCUUGGAAAGAGCUGCAGGUGUGGGGCAGGUCCCAGCUCCUUGCCCCAUCCACCAGUGGGGCAGCUAGCAGUAAGCCCCCAGCUGGGUGGGGAAUCCCAGCCCAGUCAGACUUGCUGCUAGCUGCCCCACCGGGAGAUCAGCCCCUCCCCUGCAGCUCAUUUCACAUCCUCUGUCCCUGAUCAGGGAGCCAGGGUUAGGAGGUCCCUGCUUCUGGGGUUUGGGGACAUUGUUCCCACUGGGCUCCAGUGGCAGAGCCUGCCCCCCAGGGGCAGGGAGCAAAGUCCCAGCACCUGCCAGGAAACAGCUGUCUCCUGAAUCCUUGCUCCCUGCCAGUCCCUGGGCUAGCACCCACGGGGAGCCUAGAGCUCCCUCCAGCUGCUUCAGGGGGCCGGUGCAGGGCUGGUGGGUGGGAGUGGGAGCAGAUUGCUGCCGUGAGCAGCAAAUUGCUCCUGGGACCCUGCAUGUGUAGACGCCUGCCUGGGUCAGUUUACUUUAGAGUAAAUUACUCUAGACUAAACUAAUCCUGCAUUAUUUGCAUGUGUAGACAUGCUCCAUGAGUCGCACACAUUAAGGCCUACCCAUUUCAAGGUGCCUUUGAGUAACUUGAACUAUUUUGAGUCCCUCCUGCUACCCUAAGGGUGAGGGAGGAGAUGAUCAAUUAUCCCCAUUAGAAAAUACAGCAAGUGGGGGAUAUAAAUAUAGAGUAGGUAGAACUUAUUUUAUGGUAAGCUGUUUCCCUGGCACACCUGCAACUGCCUCGUUAGCCACUCCAGAUAUGAGCGCCAGACUGAAAUACUUUUACUGUGACAAUUCUGGCUGCUAGUCCAGCAAGGCCUGGUUUUGCUGGCACAGAGAAGUUGUCUUAUUUAUUCCUUCCUUCCUUCUGCCUUUUAUUUCAGUGCUUCUCAUCAGACCAUUGAGGUGAGAGCUUCCAGUCUGAGCAGCUCUGGUAUUUCUACAGUAGUGGUGCUCAACGUUUUUAGACUCAAGGCACCCCCCCUGGAAAAUACCGGCUCUUAGUUUUCACUCAUUUUUUUGACUGUGGGAAAACAGCAAUUUUUCUAUUGCAAAGACAUCAGAAAGACCGCAACAG